AUGUGGCCGGGGGGGUGCCACGACGAUGACGAGUUCGACAUCCGAGCCCAGGUCAAGAUCAGAUGGGGAAAAGGCAAAACCCUCGACGACUCGGCCUACAAGACGGUACCAUUUCCUGGCCUGCUGCCGACGUCCAUGGCGCUUCAGGAUACACUGCGUCUACUGCUCACGCUGGCUAUGAUGGACGACGUCUUGAUGGACGAUAUCCGAAGCUGGGACGAUCUUCGGUCUCUACGACUCCCCGCUGAGGUUGCAAGCACAGGUCGAAGGCUGAAGAUACGGCCAAGCAUGUGUGAGGUUCCGGUACUGCGGAAAAUGAUCGACCAUCGCCUCACCAAGAUGCCGCAAUGGACGACAGAUAUGCAGAGCGAGAUCCGCAGACUGGGUCAAUUUUGCGGGUUUGAGGAAACCUUAGUUGCGUACUGCAUGCGGCGCGGUGUAGCGUACACAUUGGCUACACGUGCAUCUGAAGAGGACCGGGUAUUCCUGAUGGGGCACAGUCGUCAGGUUUUCCCCAAAAACAAGUCGCGCAUAUCGACCGUGGACUUUGCUGCCAUGUAUCGGAACAUGCCGGAACGAUCGGUUCUUGUGCAGACAGGAAUCUCGCUGAACCGCAGUACAGAGGCACCAACUACGAUAUCGGACAAAGGACGGCUUCGCGUGCAGGAAGAUGAACGAGUCAAGAACGCUCGGCAGACAUCAGACGCUGUGCGGGCCACUCUCCGAUCCAAGCACGGGAGCUUGACGGCAGCAGCAAGAGCAGGCGACCCACAAUGGGAAGAAUACCAAGCCGCCGAGGCAGAGCGAAAGGCGAUGGUCAACCACGUCAGCAUCAAGAUCUUCAGGACCGAGUACAAGGAGCAUUUUAAGUCACUAGGGUUCACCAAGGCAGCCCUGUUGCAGCUCGACGACGCCAUCACAGAGGUAGCCACAACGUCAGACGGUGUCCAAUCUGAUGCAGACGUCUCCGAUCUCCCACUCUUCGUAGCAGAAGACGAGGAUAUAGACGCUUACGACGCAGUACUGAACACACGCAACGCAGAAGAGACACCUUCGACAGAAGAGCAGGAAGAGUUGGAAGAUCUUUUUGGUGAUAGCACAGGGCUUGACAUAGAUAUCACAGACAACAUCCAGAGCGCAGAGGAGAUAGACACUACCCUCGAUGACUCCAGACAGAUGGCGUUACACGGUCAGUCGCUCGACAACCUCCGCUCCCUCAAAAAAUAUGCUCAGUCCACCAAGGGCCACUCGGCCUACAAUGAUAUGGUAGAGGACGUGAGUGCGUGCGAAACAGAGGGACAGAACAGAGAGGAGUGUACAAUGUAUUGA